CGUGAGACUCACCAAUUACUAUAAGUACAAGUCAAACCAACUACCAAGCGUGAGUUUGAAUCCCAUCCUGGACUAAACCAUUCAUAGUCAUAGUCAUAAUGUUCAAUCUUUCCACUCGAUUCCAGAACGCUGCUAAUCAGACAUUGACCACAUCAAUUGUGAUAUCAGCGGUAAUCAUUAUAAUAACAUUUAUUCAAUUAUAUCAAGAUGAUGUCUGGCACAUAAGCUCAAGUUCAAUUAGUAAUAUUAAACCUCUGGCAUCAAUAAAAUAUUCUUAUAAUUAUGGAUCAUCAAAUCGUAAACCUAAAGAAAAUUCUAAAGUUAUAUUUGAUUUAGAUGCUGAUUUAUCUUCAUUAUUUAAUUGGAAUACUAAACAAGUAUUUGCUUAUGUUACAGCCGAAUAUCCUGGUAAAACUGAUGGAUCUUCAAAUAAAAUUACUUAUUGGGAUAAAAUUAUAAUUAAUAAAGAAGAUGCAAAAAUUCAUUUAAUUAAUCAAAAAUCAAAAUAUUCGGUUUGGGAUAUUGAAGGUUCAUUUAGAGAAAGAGAUGCAAUUCUUAAACUUGAAUGGAAUAUUCAACCAUAUCUUGGUCCUUUAAUAUUUGGAGAAACUUUAUCUUCAACAAAUUUUACAUUUGCUAAAGUUCAAUCUCCUAAAUCAAAAUCUCCUUAAUUGAGGGAGAGUAAUAAUAUAUUUGCUAGAUUUAUGUUUUAUAAUAAUAUUUAUUAUAA